UUCGAUAAAAAGUUGAUAACAAUAUUUUUCUAAUUAUUCGAAAAUUGCAAAAUUGUGUAUUCCUAGAGCAAUUUGCUGGUAAAAUAUGGAGCACACUCCAAAGGCUCACGCCGAGCUGGAGGUGACCGGAGUGUCCCGAAGUGGCCGCGUCUGCAAGAAAUCGUCCAAGUUGAUGGACUUUCAGUCCCCGGACGACAUCACCGACGCCAAGCAGAAGAAGGCUGCGGCUGCCCAAAAGUCCAAGCAUUCGGCAACAGGUUCCGCGGGGACCUCCGGUCAUUCGGGAGGAUCGGGUCUGAUGCACUUGACGGACGCCUUGAAGGAGGAGUUUGAAGAGCUGGACGAUGAUGAGCUUCCGUCGGAUUCCGGCGGGGACGAUGGGGAUGACUCUAGCGGGUCGGAGGACGAUGAUGAUGCGAUGGACAUUGAAGAUUUGGAAGGAACGCAGGAGGAAGAUGACAAAAGUGAUGGCGAGCUAUUGGUGGAAAUGGCCCCGAAGCGGAGUUUGUACAUGUCGGAGAAAUCGUCCAAGUACAAGAAGGUGCUAAAGGAUGGCAAGGUCGUCAUGGGCAAGUCUCAGCGAAAGGACAAGGGCAAGCGACGUUUCACGGCGUACAUCCUUUGGGCGAAGGAAGCCCGCAAGCAGAUGAUGUCGAAUCCGGAUUUGGACUUUGCGUCCAUGUCGAAGCGGUUGGGUGAAAUGUGGGCCAACGUCCCGAGUAAUCAAAAGUACAACUGGAAGCGCCGAGCUAGAAGAAUCGCCAAAAAGUACAAGGAAGGCAAUGAUAAAGCCGCUGAAUCGCCCGUUGUCAAGCGGUUCCUAAACCUGGAUCAACAGAUUGGCACCCCGGUAGCUAAUCCGGCACCGGUGGCCGCCCCCGUUACGCCGGUCGUUCCUCACGCAACCCCUAGAAACAAAAAAGCUCAACAGAAGGCGAACGCCACCGCGGUGGACACAAAACCGGUCGUGCACCACUCGCCGGAAUCUCCCACCAAGAGUGCCGCGGCCCACGGGAAACUUCCCGGCUAUCAGCCGACGGAUGUGGCCGCCCACUUGAAGCUGCUCGGUGAUAGUCUAACCAUAAUCGGGGAGCGGCUGAAGGAGCACGAAGGCCAAAUCGCCGUGUCCGGAAGUUUGUCGGUGCUGUUGGACAGUUUGCUGUGCUCGCUGGGACCGCUCAUGUGUCUGACGGUGCACAUUCCGGGCUUGCAGGCCGACGCCGAACAUUUAAAGGACCUGUUCCAGAACACGCUGGAUAACAUUGCGUACGUCAUGCCGGGAUUGUAAGCGUAGUGAGUAUCGUGUUGAAAUUUGAAGAAAGAAUCGUGAAUUUAUAAUUAUGAUAUCCAUACAGUAGAACUUAAAUAUAUGUGUCGUGAUUAGGA